AUGACAUCACCCAAUCCAGAUUUUCUCCAACCACCCCGACGCAAUCUUAAUCCAAAUCCGGACCAUGUAAUCCCCCUCACACCACAUCUUCGACCACCCUUCGCUCACUACCAUUCUUCCUCUACCUUACCGCCAACACCACAUACACCAUACUCUCCUCAAGCUCCAUCCAACUCUGGUGAAUCUUCGACUCGUCUUCGACCUUAUCUAUCCUUAUCGCCUCGAAUCUUACUCACAUUCUUCUCCCCAUGCUUGCUCCCUAUCAUCCUCACUAUCGCUCACAUGCUUCAAAACCGAUCAUCCACAGCUUCAUUAGCGGCAUCCCUCAAACAAUCGAUGCUCAGCGCUUGUAGUGGAUUAGCCAAAGGAGCAGCAUCGAUCCAGACCAUGCCUAGGUAUUUAGCCAUGCAAACGAACGAAGAAGUGGUCAGAGCUACUCAAGCUAGUAUUUUGGCUAUUGGAAGUAUGUUGAUGGACGCUGUGACCAUCAUUGAGGUGGUGGUGGAAUUUAUCGUGGAUACGUAUAGAAGUUUACUAUUGUGUACGAUAGAGCUGGUUGUCAGAGGAACUUUGGAGAUCCUCAUCGCGGCUGUAGAUACCAUCACCGACGGUAUCACUACGGCCCUGAACAGCAUCCGAGAGGAGAUACAAGAGGAUAUCGCUAGUGCCAACAACAUCAUACAAUCUGCUGUAAGCGGUAUCAAUUCGGUCACUUCACUUGUCAACGUCAAUCUUUCAGUACCGGAAUUCUCCAUCCCUUCUCUUGACUUCCUUGCCAACGUGACUAUUCCGACAGGAUUCGAAGACAGUCUGAUCAAACUUAAUGGAUCACUGCCAACGAUGAUCGAGCUAAAAGACAAGAUGAGCGAUCUGCUCAAUACUCCAUUCGAAGCUUUGAAGCAAGAGAUCAACGAGACUCGUAUCGAGAUGGCAGCGAAUUUCAAUUCGUCGAUGUUACCCGUUCCAUCCCUUUCAAAACUUUCAGCAAACACGGCCAAUGAUCUUCAGAAUGAUCUAUGUGCAGAUCUCGAUACUUCGCUUAUUGACGAUACUGCCAAAGCCCUACACAAGCUGUCUAAUGUAGCUAUAGGUUUAAUGUUCCUCCUGUUAUUUGCCAUAUGGGCUGCUCUAGCAAUUUGGGAAUGGAGAAAAUGGCGUAUGAUGAAGAAUGCUGUAGAAGCUGUUGAGGAUGAAUGGAGGAGGGAAAAUACAGUAGAUGCUUGGAGGAUGGUGGCGAUCGUGGAAAAUCCAGUGUUGGAGAAGUAUUCGAGGGGGAUUUUAGGCAGGGUGACAAAAUCUAGCAGGACACGAACGAAUCUGAGGUGGUUUUUAUCCUACCUUGGUCAUCCAACAUGUCUAGCUCUCCUGUUCAUCUCACUACUCGGCUUCUUGUCUAUCCAGUUCCAGCUUGUCGCGCUUGACGCACUCAAAGCACACGCACGGGAAAAUGCAAAUUCAACUGUAGCAGCUUCAACCAAUUCCCUCACCACCAAGCUGAAUGCUGCGGCCAUGCAGUCAAGUCAAGAGUAUGCCGAUCAAUAUAACGCUGCUAUUGCCGAAUAUCAACGGAAGAUAGACGAUGAGCUGUUCGGAUCUUGGUUGAACACCACUGCUGUUACUCUCAACACCACGUUGGUAGAAUUUUACGAUGGUGUUGAACAAGUUCUAAACGAUACUUUUGGCGGUACGAUUCUAUACAACCCUAUCAACAACUUCAUGUACUGCAUCCUCGGAGCUAAGAUCGACAAUUUAGAAAAAGGUUUAACGUGGAUAUCCGAGCAUGCUCAUAUCGAGUUGCCCACUUUACCAUCCAAUAUCCUGAUGCUCUCCAAUGACUCGAUGAACGAAAUUGCCACCCCUAUCGCGUCUGCUGCUGUUGGUUCGGGAUCCUCGUCCGAUGGAGAAGAAGAUGAGGGUAUCGUAGGAGAUCUGAUCAAGCACUUCGAAAGUGCUUUGAAAGCCGAAAGAACUUUCUAUGGUAUAAUGAUAGGAAUGUGGGGGUUCCUAUUUGUAGUAGGGGUGAUAGUAGUAAUUUGGAAUUCAGGUGGAAGAGAUAAAUACUAUUCAAUCAGAGGAAAAACUACCCCACCUAAUAAUCACGAUAGUCCCCCAACAGGCGGGAGCAAGUGGAUACCAUGGAUGAAAGAUACACAUCCGAUUUACGAUACUUACACGGAAAAACAAUUCAGAGGUACCGCUCCUACACCUAUCCCCGCCAACAUCCCAACAAUCAUCGAGCCUAACUCCACCAACGGCGAAAAGAGUUUCUUCGAAUAUCCAGACGACCACAAGGAAAAUACUCUUCGACAUUUCGUCCCCAGGAAGGGAACCUUCGGAUCUACCAUUUCAUCAUUGGCUGCUCCAGGUCAAGCGUUCUUGAAAUUAGCAGGAAGGAACGUAUCUUCCACUUCUACUGCUGGUCAUGAAUAUGAUGACAAUGAGGAGGGACUGGUGGAGAAAGGAGUCAAUUCAGAGAAAUACAAUUCAACCUACUACAACGAUCGACAACCUGAUUUUUCAAGAAAGAGGGGUACUUCUCCCCUAGAGCCGGGACAGGCAUUCUGGGUCCAUAAGUUCUACGGCGCGAUAGAAGGUGUAAAAUCGAUCUUCCCUACUAGAGGACAGAAACAUGGUGCCGCUCUGAAUAGGAAUGGAAGUCAAAGGACUGAAAAUUCUUUUGGAGCAAGUCAAGUUCCAACGGCUAGAACUCAACAAACUGAUUGGCCAAGUUAUUAUGACGGUAACGGUAAUCGUGCUCAAGAGGAUUCAAGGGAUGAACCGGAAUGGACGAUGGUCAAUCCUCAGUCUAUCGGACGAGCUCUAGCAAAUGAAGAUCUGCAAGAUGAAGAUGGUCGAUAUCCUACCAAUAAGAUGAUUUACCCCAGACCCAUGUCAAGAGCCCCAACCCUGAGUGAAGGUAUGGUCUUACCCAAGACUCAUCCGUUCCGUCCUUUCACAAGUACCAACCCUUUUGAAGAUCGACCACCCAGUCUACCACCUAAACACGUGAUCAGUGAGAACGGGUACUGGGAUGAGAGCCAGAAUGUUAAACACGAUUCGAUAGAUUACCUUCAGUCUGAAAAUGAAGAUUCACAUGAUCAAGGGGAUAACGAAGAAAGAUUAAUGUCUAUCAUCUCACCUUCCACUACAACCUCUUCUGUUCAGAACUAUAUGAUCAACGAGCAGCCCAAAGUCCAAUCAGUCAAUAAAGUUCAACUAAAUGGAGUGGAAGAAAAUAAUAGAGGGACGACAGCGUUAGCAGGGAUCUUACAAGAGCUGCAGGAGAAGAGGAAAAGACAAGUUGAGAUGGAGAGUGAUAGAGAUAAAGAAGGUGAGGUGUUUAGUGAUUCUAGGAGAAUCAUCUGA